AUGGGUAGUCUUGAAGAGGAUGAUAUUCCUUGCAACGAUUUUCUUCGGUUCAGUAAACUGCUACACACCUGGCGCAAGUCAGAUGAUCGAAUAAACAAUGAAUUAAAUGCAGCUCUCCCCACUGCUUCGUUUUCUCAGUCCGUCGAUGCGGCACAACAGUGUUCUACGUUUUAUAACAAGCUCAUGGAUCUCCACAAGCGUCGCUUCAAUGCCAUCAAGCGAUGCAUCUCGGUGUCGACGGACCGCGUUAAGGAUCUGAAGCAGCAAUUAGAGAAGGACUCUGGCUCAACUAGCUUGUCCACUGCCAUUCGCAAGGAACAGCUUCAGCUGCGUCAAUUUAAUUCGGAGCUUCUUGAAGAGGAGAUCAUCCAGAAUUCUGCUCUCAAAGUGCUCUACGAGCGUUGCAGAGACCACUUCAACAGCACUGCCUUCGAGAAGUUCAAGUAG